AUGCGCGGUCUGGUGUGUGAGCAAAGCGGGGAGUCGGGUUCAAAGGAGGAAAUAUGGCGGAAAACAAAGGAGGAGGAGGCGGCGGCAGCGAGCCUGCAGAGCCGGGAGGCCGAGCCGAAGCUGCUGCCGUGCCUUCACUCUUUUUGCCGCCGCUGCUUGCCGGAACCCGAGCGCCAGCUCAAUGUGCCCGUGGCUGGCGGCGCCAACGGGGACAUUCAGCAGGUUGGUGUGAUCAGGUGUCCAAUCUGUCGCCAGGAAUGCAGGCAAAUAGACUUGGUAGAUAACUACUUUGUCAAAGACACAUCUGAAGCACCCAGCAGCUCUGAUGAAAAAUCUGAACAGGUGUGUACCAGCUGUGAAGAUAAUUCUAGUGCAGUUGGUUUCUGUGUGGAAUGUGGAGAAUGGCUGUGCAAAACAUGCAUAGAAGCCCAUCAAAGAGUAAAAUUUACUAAGGAUCAUAUGAUCAGAAAGAAAGAAGAUGUCUCUUCAGAAGCUGUUGGAGCAUCUGGUCAACGUCCUGUAUUUUGUCCUGUGCACAAACAAGAGCAAUUAAAACUUUUCUGUGAAACCUGCGACAGACUGACAUGCAGAGACUGUCAGUUACUGGAACACAAAGAACAUAGAUACCAGUUUUUGGAAGAAGCAUUUCAGAAUCAAAAGGGUGCUAUUGAGAACCUAUUAGCCAAACUCCUUGAAAAGAAGAAUUAUGUCAAUUUUGCUGCUACUCAAGUGCAAAAUAGGAUAAAAGAAGUAGAUGAAACAAACAAACGAGUAGAACAGGAAAUCAAAGUGGCAAUUUUUACCCUCAUUAAUGAAAUCAAUAAAAAGGGAAAGCAGCUCUUACAGCAACUUGAGACAGUGACGAAGGAAAGACAGAUGAAACUAAUACAACAGCAGAAUGAUAUCAGUGGUCUGUCAAGGCAGGUGAAACAUGUGAUGAACUUUACUAAUUGGGCCAUUGCAAGUGGCAGCAGCACUGCGUUGCUCUAUAGCAAACGACUGAUCACAUUCCAGCUGCGACAUAUAUUAAAAGCCCGAUGUGAUCCCGUCCCAGCUGCUAAUGGAGCAAUACGCUUCCAUUGUGAUCCCACAUUCUGGGCAAAGAAUGUAGCCACCUUAGGUAGUCUUGUUAUUGAAAAUAAGCCAACUCAAGGUUAUACACCUAAUGUAGUAGUGGGACAAGUUCCUCCAGGAACAAACCACAUCAGCAAACCUCCAGGGCAAAUUAAUCUUGCACAGCUCCGUCUCCAGCAUAUGCAACAGCAGGUGUUCGCACAACAACAAAAACACCAGCAGUUACAACAGAUGAGGAUGGGGCAGCCUGCAGGGCAGAUUGCUCGCCAGGCAGGCCCACAGAUGCUGCAGCAGCAGCCUCCAAGGUUGAUAAGCAUGCAGACUAUGCAGAGAGGUAUGAAUUGCGGUGCUUUCCAAGCCCAACAGAUGAGAAUGGCUCAGAAUGCUGCUCGUCUCCCAGGGAUACCUCGCCACAACGGGCCUCAGUACUCCAUGAUGCAGCCACACUUACAAAGACAACAUUCAAACCCAGGACAUGCGGGUCCUUUCCCGGUUGUUUCAGUACAUAAUAAUACUAUCAAUCCAACAAGCCCAACAACAGCUACCAUGGCCAAUGCUAACCGUGGUCCAACAAGCCCAUCUGUAGCAGCAAUAGAGCUUAUUCCUUCAGUAACCAACCCAGAGAAUCUACCUUCAUUGCCAGAUAUUCCUCCCAUACAGCUGGAAGAUGCGGGUUCAAGUAACUUAGAUAAUUUACUAAGUAGAUAUAUCGCAGGCAGCCAUCUACCCCCUCAGCCUAUAAGCAGUAUGAAUCCUUCCCCUGGACCCUCAGCCCUGUCUCCAGGCUCAUCAGGUUUAUCCAAUUCACAUACCCCUGUGAGGCCCCCUAGUACCUCCAGCACAGGGAGUAGAGGCAGCUGUGGUUCCUCUGGCAGAACUGUUGAGAAGAACAAUAUUAGUUUCAAGCCUGACCAUGUGAAAGUUAAGCAAGAGCCUGGCACUGAAGAAGAGGUAUGCAGUUUUUCAGGGCCGGUAAAACAAGAAAAAACAGAGGAUGGUCGACGGAGUGCCUGCAUGCUUAGCAGUCCUGAGAGCAGCUUGACACCACCACUUUCUACAAACUUGCAUCUGGAAAGUGAGUUAGAAACACUGGGAAGUAUAGAAAACCAUGUAAAAACUGAACCAGCGGACUUGAAUGAAAGCUGCAAACAGUCUGGACAUGGUCUUGUAAAUGGCAAAUCUCCAGUGCGUAGCCUUAUGCAUCGAUCUGCUAGGACUGGAGGAGAAGGGAACAACAAAGAUGAUGACCCUAAUGAAGACUGGUGUGCUGUGUGCCAAAAUGGAGGAGAUCUAUUAUGUUGUGAAAAGUGCCCAAAGGUUUUCCACCUCACAUGUCAUGUACCCACUCUCCUCAGUUUUCCAAGUGGAGAAUGGAUAUGUACAUUUUGUCGAGAUCUUAGUAAACCUGAAGUAGAAUAUGAUUGUGACAACAUGCAACAUAGUAAGAAGGGGAAAACUGCCCAAGGUUUGAGUCCUGUCGAUCAAAGGAAAUGUGAGCGCCUCCUGCUUUAUCUAUAUUGUCAUGAGCUGAGCAUUGAAUUCCAAGAACCAGUCCCAGCUUCGAUACCAAACUAUUAUAAAAUAAUAAAGAAACCAAUGGAUUUAUCUACAGUAAAAAAGAAACUACAAAAGAAGCAUUCCCAGCACUACCAGACACCUGAAGAUUUUGUGGCAGAUGUAUGGCUGAUCUUCAAGAACUGUGAAAGGUUUAAUGAAAUGAUGAAAGUUGUUCAAGUUUAUGCAGAAACACAAGAGAUUAAUUUGAAGGCUGAUUCUGAAGUAGCACAGGCAGGGAAGGCAGUUGCCUUAUACUUUGAAGAUAAACUUACAGAGAUCUACCCAGACAGGACCUUCCAACCUUUACCUGAAUUUGAACAGGAAGAGGAUGAAGCUGAAAUGACAGAUGACGCCGAUGAAGAUUUUAUACAGCCACGUAGAAAACGUCUAAAAUCAGAUGAGAGACCAGUGCAUAUAAAAUAAUCUGUUUAAAAUGGACCUAAACUAUUGUAAAAAAGAAACAUAUUUAAGUGUUCCUGGAAUAUUAUCAUGCCUUCAGUGGCCAUCUUAUUGAAGCUGAUAGUGUUCAGACAGUAUUAGAUUGCAAAAAGCAUUUGUACAGAAACAUUCUUGUCAAAAGGGGAAAAAGCUUUCAACUUCUGUUCUUGAUUUUGUGUUUUGGUUUUUUAGUGUUUUGCUUUUCAUUUGUCAUUCCCUCAUUUCUCAUAUGCAGAGGUGUGGGGUGAAUACUGAUAAAGAAGCAAGUUUUUAUAAGAUGACAUUUGUACAAACAGUGAACUCUCAUCACUACAUAGUAAUUGUUUUUGCAAGAGUGGACCAAGGCCGUCAUAUUUUGCUUUCGUACUGGGCUGCAGUUUACACUGCAAGAAACCUUCCUCAAGAUCCUCUUCAUGCACCCCUAAGUGUGAAUUGGAUUGUUUUAUUCAUCGUUUCAUCUAAGUGAUAUUGCAAAUAUCAUAUUCUGUGUUGGGUCAAAUAGCUAGCUUCUGCUUUCUUUUGCUGACCUUGUGUAGAAAUACUGUAACUUGAUCAUUAAAUCAUUUUGAAUUGGA